AUCUCAAACAUGCGCGCAUGCAACAGACUGUCCUUCGGCCUGAUAUUUAUACAGUCUAAUACCAAAAUGCAAAAAUGUCAUACAGCAGACUUUCGUGACUCUGAGACUUCAUUUACGGGUGAAUGGCAGGGUGAUUUCAUAGUGAAAUGUUUGGUUUGACUUCAGACAGCUGGAAACAGCACAGACUGGUGUUGCACCGCUACUCUUCGGUGGAGAUCUCGACGCGGAUGAAUGCAUUAAAAUAAUAAUAUCUCCACGAUGGACUGUCUAUCACGCACUGCCUACUGGCCUCUCAUUCGAUUCCUGGUGCCACUUGCCAUUACUAAUAUAGCUAUUGACUUUGGAGAACAGGCUCUGAACAGAGGAAUAGCAUCUGUAAAAGAGGAUCGAGUUGAGAUGUUGGCCAGCUAUGGUCUGGCAUACUCGCUUAUGAAGUUCUUCACUGGACCCAUGAGCGACUUCAAGAGUGUGGGUCUCGUGCUUGUCAACAGCAAGAGGGAGAGAGCCAAAGCUGUCCUCUGCAUGGUCGUGGCAGGGAUCAUUGCCAUUGUCUUCCACAUACUCAUAGCUUACACAGAUCUGGGUUACUACAUCAUAAAUAAGCUUCACCAUGUGGAUGAAUCAGUCGGAAAUAAGACGAGGAAGGCCUUCCUGUACCUUGCAGUAUUUCCAAUAUUAGAUGCAAUGGCAUGGAUUCAUGCAGGCAUCCUUCUAAAGCACAAGUACAGCCUGCUGGUGGGCUCUGCCUCCAUCUCUGAUGUUGUUGCACAGAUAAUAUUUGUGGCAAUCCUUCUCCAAAGUAACUUGGAAUGUUUAGAGCCUCUUCUUAUUCCCAUUCUCUCUCUGUACAUGGGCGCUCUGGUGCGUUUCACCAUCGUUGGACUGGGCUACUACCACAAAAUCCAUGACAACAUCCCUGAAUCAAGUAGUCCCGAUCAGGGGGGUGAUGCCACUGUAAGGAAGAUGCUCAGUUUCUGGUGGCCGCUUGCACUCAUUUUGGCAACUCAGCGCAUCAGCAGGCCCAUCGUCAACCUGUUCGUCUCACGGGACCUUAAAGGCAGCACUGCAUCAACUGAAGCAGUAGCAGUCCUCACUGCCACAUAUCCUGUGGGUCACAUGCCCUAUGGCUGGUUAACAGAACUGCGAGCUGUCUAUCCAGCUUUUGAUAAGAACAUCCCUUCAAAUAAAUUAGUUGGUGGUCUGCCGGUCACCAAAUCUCACAUCAAGAGAUUCACUCUCUGCUGCUUGAUUCUCUCCUUCGCGCUUUGUUUCAUUAUAUUCUGGACCCCUUAUGUUUCGGAGCGAAUACUCGUAGACAUCAUCGGGGUGGACAUGGACUUUGCACAACUCUGCAUCAUUCCUCUGAGAAUCUUUUCCUUCUUCCCUCUGCCAGUGACUGUUCGAGCUCAUCUGACGGGCUGGUUAAUGACGUUGAAGAAAACGUUUGUGCUGGCACCCAGUUCUGUACUGCGUAUAAUUGUUCUCGUCACAAGCCUUCUGGUGCUGCCUUACAUGGGGGUGCAUGGUGCCACACUGGGAGUGGGAUCUUUAUUGGCAGGAUUUGUGGGGGAGUCCACCAUGGUCGCAGUGGCUGCCUGUUAUGUGUACCGAAAACAGCCGAAAACCCCAGAAACAGAGAUGGUUGUGGAGGAAGACAACUCUUCCCCAAUGAAUGAGGUCACCUCCAGGACCCAGUUAGAUGGCAUUGAAGAGGAUGAUAUUGAGAGGGUAGAAAGAGAGAUCAAUGAAAAUGAAGGAAUUUGAGGAUGAGAAAAAUCACCGUGAGGAUGGAUGAUAUAUUUAUUCAGAGGGUAAAGGGGUGGAUAUCUGGAGCAGUGCAAUGUCCUGAUUGGAUCAAUGAUAAUUAAGAGUAUGUUGUGUGAUUUUUUUUUUUAGUCCAUUUGAUAGAUUACUAUAAAAUAUUUCUACAUUUCAAACAAUCCCUUACCACAAAUUCCAAUGGAAAUGUCAAAUCGACAGACCCCAGGAUGGGACAGAAUGAGAAGAUCAGUCAAAUACUGGAUUUGCAUGUCUCCAACACACUUCUGCACUUAUGAAAUCUUUUUGCACUGAGGCAUAUUUACACAAAAGUCUUCCUUAGAUCCUGAUCUGCAGCCACUGAACAUUUUUGCCAAAACAGACCAAUGCUGGCCACAUUUUUAUCCCAUCCCUCAUCACAGGCCCUGGGGCAACGGCCCUGUCCAGGAGAGAGAACUCCCCCUCUUGGAAUUUAUUAAGAGCAGGCUUAAAAACUUUUUAUUGACAGAAGUGUUAUCUGCUAAACUUUGAAUUAGAUACUGCCAGAUUUCCUUUCUUUGAAGCGCACAAUAAAUAUUUAAACUUGGUAGUAUAUUUUUAUGUUCUAGAGGAAUUUAUUUUUCUGAUUGGGGUAUCGACUAGACAUUUUGUUUGUGUGCCAAAUGAUUUUUUGAUAUUUUUGUACACUAUAUUGAUCUUGUCAAAUUUUAUUUAGGCUUCUUUGCAUGUAUUUAUGUCACUAAAGUAUGUAGACAUUUAAGCCUGAGGGUCAUACUCUUUUGUAUGGACUGUUUAUUUUGAGGUUUUGUGAACAAAUUCUCUGUGACACAUGAUUUCUGAUACAGUAUUAGCCAUAUAGCAUCUGUUUCUUUUUCCAACUUCUUUUGGGACCACAUUAUAUAAUUUAUUUUCAAUGUCCUUUUCCAGUGGAAGAUCUAAGCCAUUUAUCAUUUUUGCCAUUAUUUUAGUAAAUGUAAUGUUAUUUUGUGAAGUAUGUCCUGUUUUAACUGUUGUUGGGUGCUUGUGGCCUUACUAAAAUACAAUAUAUAAGCACAUAAUCAUGCUUUUAGGAAUACACCAUGAAAGCAUUAACCUGUUUAAAUGUUGAAAUGCACAAUAAAUGUUUUUCCUAAUAAAAAAUAAAACUGUAUUUUAAUACAGUGAGUCAUAGAAUAAUCUUUAUU